CUGUAUAUUUCUCGAGGAAUGCAGGGAACAAUUGAUAUGUCAUCAAGUUAUGACAGUAGGACAAAUGGUAUGGAACAUUCAUUGGCAGCCAGAGGAGACCUCUGGAGGGUAGAAGCUUCACAUUCGAGUUCUACUGCAAGCGAUGGAAAUUCGUCUCUCUUUCUUCUCCAGCUUGGACCACUCCUCUUUCUACGCGAUUCAACGCUUCUUUUACCGUUACACUUAUCAAAACAACACUUGCUCUGGUAUGGAUAUGAUAGGAAGAAAGGUAUGCAUUCACUCUGUCCAGCUUUAUGGUCAAAGCAUCGAAGGUGGCUUAUGAUGUCAAUGCUUUCUCUCAAUCCUUUAGCUUGUUCAUUUAUGGAUUUGCAAUUCCCAAACGGGCAGUUGACAUUUGUAUCUGGCGAAGGACUGACGAUCAGUGGUUUUGUGCCUUUCUGUGGCGGUCUUCUUCAAGCUCAGGGCCAAUAUCCAGGAGACAUGAGAUUUAGUUACUCUUGUAAGAAUAAAUGCGGAACCCGAAUCACACCAAUGAUACAUUGGCCUGACAAAUCAUUUGCGUUGGAUCUUUCUCAACCCUUGGCUUGGCGUAGAUCUGGACUACUGAUGAAACCGACAGUUCAAGUCAGUGUAUGUCCCACAUUCGGUGGAAGCAAUCCCGGGAUCAAAGUAGAAGUUAUUCACUCGUUGAGGGAUGACUUGAAUCUGAUAUGUGGCUACGCGCUCAACGCACAUCCUUCAGCAUUUGCCUCUGUAUCUUUGGGUCGGUCGAAAUGGAAUGGGAACAUUGGACGAACGGGAAUAGUUGUUAGAGCUGAUACUCCACUUGCAAGUAUUGGCCAGCCUUCUUUCUCUGUCCAGUUUAAUAACGCUUUCGAGUUCUGAAUCUUUCCGCAAUUAUAACAUAGAAAGAUUACAGUGUACAUGAACAUAUGUUUGAGAAGACUGCUGUUCCCUUCGGUAACUUUUGUAUAUGGUAGUUUACUACUCGGUUAACCCACAAGUCUGUGUCUCUGUAAGUCUGGCAGAUAUUUUCACCACGUUAAAGAUUACAGUUUCUAGCCCUAUUGGUUUCAACU